AUGUCCGACAUUCCCGUGCGACCACCUGCACCGCCGCCACCGCUUCCUCCAGGCUGGACAGAACACAAGGCGCCGUCUGGACAUUCUUACUAUUACAACAAGGAAACUAAGAAGUCGACUUACACGCGGCCCGUAGCAGAGACACAAUCGCUCUACCAACCAACGCCCACCGUUGCGUCUGCCGCGCCCACUCCCUACGCCGCGGCGCAAAAGUACGACGCUGGAUACGACGCGCAGUCUACACAACCAACCACUCAGCCCCAAUCAUCGCUCAACGACUUCAUAUUCGCAAGCGCGCCGAAACAGUUCCCCCGGCAUGGCGGAGCGCAGCAGUCAAGAGGUGGACAUCAUGGCGGAAUGCGUGGUGGACACAACAACUUCAACGACCGACGAAGAGAACGUGACGACCGGCCCAAGCAUCGCCAGGAUAUCCCCAAUUGCGCGCCAUGGGUACUUGUGAGGACCAAGUUUGGACGGCGGUUUGUGUGGAACAAGGAGACGAAUGAAAGCUUUUGGAAGUUCCCGCCGAAUGUCAUGUCUGCUGUCAUUGAGUUUGACCGCAAGGAGCGCGAGCGCAAAGAACGUCGGGAGCGGGGCGAGCCGAGCGACGUUGAGGAUGAGCAAGAUGCUGCCAUGGCAGAAAUUGAAGCGGAACUAGCAGCUGCUGAAGAGGAGGUCGAGAUUGUGGAAGUGGAUGGUGACGAGGAUAUGGAGAACGAUGAGGAGUAUGAAGAGGUUGAGGUUACAGAUGACGAGGGCGAUUCGGGCAAUGCAUCAAAGCGACAGCGUACUGAAGAGCCGGCGGGAGACGAGCCACCUGAAAUGGGCGAAGACGAUCUCGCCUGGCAACUGGCGCAAAUGGAAGAAAUGGAAAUGGAACAGGGCUACGAUGAUCAGUACGACGACGAGGAACCUGCCUUGUCUGAAGAAGACUGCAAAGCAUUGUUCAGAGAGUUGUUGGACGAUACAGGCACAAGUCCUUUCACUCCCUGGGACAAGGUCCUCGAGGAUGGCGCGCUCUACGACGACGAGCGCUACAAGGCUCUACCCAACAUGGCUGCGCGCAAGGAAUGCUUCAACGAGUGGUCUCGAGACAAGGCGCAGAUCCUCAAGGAAGAAAAAGCCAAGCAAGCCAAACGCGACCCUCGAAUACCAUACCUAGCCCUCCUCGACCGCCACGCAACCCCCAAACUGUACUGGCCUGAAUUCCGCAGAAAAUUCAAAAAAGAGCCCGAGAUCAAAGACGCCAAACUACCCGACAAGGAAAAGGAGAAGCUCUACCGCGACCACAUCAAGCGUCUAGCAAUGAGAUCGUCCGACCUCAAAGCCGAUCUCACAGCCCUCCUCCGCGCACAGCCUCUUGCUUUGCUGAACAAAUCAACAACCCUCGACUCCCUCCCUUCCCCCGUCCUCAGCGACCUCCGCUUCAUCUCCCUCCCCCCAGCAACACGCGAGCCCUUGAUCAAAACCUACAUUUCCACGCUACCCCCCGCGCCCGAGGACGCUACCUACUCUGCCGAAGAAGAAGCCUCGCGCGCGAAGAAGAUUGCAGAGCGAGAGCGCAGAGAGAAGGCGCUGGCCGAUCGCGAGUGUAGAGUUCGAGAGGAGAAGAGGAGACAAGAGCGCGAUUUGGCAUAUGGAAAGGGGAGGCUGAGGGAGGAGGAAGAGGAGAUUAGGCGGGCGUUGGAGGUUGGGAAGGGGGGACUGAAGAAGAGGCUAGGUGAGGAGGUAGAGGAGGGGGAGAGGGAAUAG